CACUCGUAAAGCCGCUGAACUAUUGCCCCGUUAAGCUCAGACCCAACGUGACGACAGUUGCAACAUCUACUUCCCCAGAUACUGGCGGUACCGGUACCAUCAUAACGACUAUGGCAGGCAGGCUGUCACCGGAGUUCCCGGGACGGACUGAGCGGCACCCGCUCCCCGAUUCAGAAACCGAGUCGGAGACUGAAGAUGAUCCGGGGGGCAGUUGCUUAACGGGGCAAAGCACCGGCUCGCUGCUCCGGACACAGGUCAUCCACAGCGGCCACUUCAUGGUGUCCUCCCCGCACAGCGAUCCCACCCCGCGGCGGCGCAGAAGCGGGGCGGCUGCCGGAUACGACUUCGACACGGUGGACGGGACAUGGUGCCAGACUUACCGGUUCGGGCCGCUGAGCUCAGGAAGCCUGAGCAUCGACCCGACGCUGACCCGCUUGUUUGAGUGCAUGACUCUGGCAUACAGUGGAAAAAUUGUCUCGCCCAAAUGGAAGUCUUUCAAAGGACUCCGUCUGCUUUGGCGGGACAAAAUACGGCUGAACAAUGGAAUUUGGAGAGCUUGGUAUAUUCAGUAUGUGGAAAAGAGGAGAAACCCCGUGUGUGGCUUCGUCACGCCGCUGGAGGGCUCGGAGGCGGAUGCCCACCGCAAGCCUGAGGCAAUUAUCCUGGAGGGAAGCUACUGGAAGCGGAGGAUUGAGGUUGUGAUUAAAGAGUAUCACAAAUGGAGAAUAUACUACAAGAAGAGGCUCCAAAAGCAUAAGGAUGGUAUCCUGUCUAUUUUGGAGAAGGACCCAGUGGGCGGAGCAGCCCGGGAGAGAUGGUCAGGUCAGCUGUUCCAGGAGUCCAAGCCCACGGCUGCCGAGGGCCAUAUGUUUGACCUGGACUGUUUCCUGUCUGACAUCUCGGACACCCUGUUCACCAUGACGCAGAAAUCCUGUCCCUGGGCUGAGGACGGUCACAACACCUACAGCAGCAACGCUGAUAUGAUCCAGCCUGGCUUGACACCCUUGCAGCCCAUCCUGGACGACUUCAUGGACAUACCAGACUUCUUCUCCAGCUGCCGUGGUCAGCCUCUGGAUCAGGUCGGCAUUGCGGAGUGUGGCUAUUUUGGAAGUCUGCCUGGGAGCUCCUUCCCGGUGCCGCCCAGCCUGGUGCCGCCCGUCUCGCUCCUGCCAGCGGACACUCAGCUGCUGCAGGCUAACCUUUCCUCGGAGAGCAGAGACAGAAUGGUGCCGGUCUCCUCCUCUGAACCCUGCUACCACAGACCUGUGACCUCAGAAAUGACCUUUAAUCCCAGCAGCAUUACCCCAGAAGCCAAGUACAAAGGACAGAUGGGCUUCAGCUCGCAGGAUGAGUAUCCUGGUUUGAGCCUGGUGCCUGGGACAAUGUCCUACGGACAGCAGUCUUUCAUGAACGCCGCCCCUGUGGCCACUGAGGAAAACUCAGAUUUAUAUGCCACAGCCUGCCUGAAGUACAGGUACAGCUCACCAGCUGCGGCCUCAGUCAUCACCCACACAGGCUCCUCAGUUGGAGUCUUGGACCCGCUGACGCAUGGCUACCCCGACCCGGAGGUGUUCACCGCUGGUCCAUACCCGACGCCAAGCUUUGGCCCGCUGCCCACAACCCACACGGCUCCGCCCCCUCCGGCUGUGCGGCUCGGCUUCCUGGAGACUCAGCGGGUCAGCGGCAGAGGCAAGUACAAGCAGAAGAGCCCUGGGAUGAAGAGCUCUGCCCCCCUGGCAUCCCCGACGCAGAGCAGCUGCCUGGCGAAGCUGCUGUCCGGGAGCAGGCCAGAGCGUAAGCUGGCGUUAGGCUUUGAUCGUUCAUCAGCGGAAGCCAAAGGUCGCAGUUCGACAUCCCCCAGCCACCCUGCUGGUGUCACCGUCACCUCAAUACAGCACAGUCCCCCUCGGGCCCCUCCGGGGCCACGGCCUGGUCUGUUACAGGGCUCCGCCAUAUCUGCCCUGCUCUCCCAGAAUUCUCUGCCUGGCUGCGCGCCUCUGCUCGUCCCCAAAACGGAGCAGCUGUCCCCAAUACAGAGUUAUGGCAGCGAGAGGGCCAGCUUGACAGCAGAAAGAAGUUCAGGCUUGCAGGCAUCACACUCCUUCUCCAGGCAGCCCAAGAUGGAAGCAACCAAGACGGAGAGCCGGAGGAUAACGCACAUCUCAGCGGAGCAGAAACGGCGUUUCAACAUAAAGCUGGGCUUCGACACGCUCCAGAGCCUGGUGACCACACUGAGCGCACAGCCGGGAGUGAAGAUCAGCAAAGCAACAACGCUGCAGAAGACAGCGGAGUACAUCGGGAAGGUGCAGCAGGAGCGAACCCAGCUCCACGAGGAGGCACAGAGGCUACGCGAGGAGAUUGUGGGCCUCAACUCAGCCAUCAACCUGUGCCAGCAGCAGCUGCCCGCCACAGGCGUGCCCAUCACGCGACAGCGUUUCGACCACAUGAGGGCGAUGUUCCGGGAAUACGUCCGGGCACAGACGCUGCAGAACUGGAAGUUCUGGAUCUUCAGCGUCAUCAUUGAGCCACUCUUCGAGUCCUACAACGGGAUGGUGUCCACAGCCAGCGUGGAGGACCUGUGCCGUACCACGCUGUCCUGGCUGGACCGGCACUGCUCCCUGCCGGCGCUGCGACCCGCUGUCCUGAGUUCACUCCGCCUCCUGAGCACCUCCACCUCGAUUCUGACAGACCCCAGCCUGGUCCCAGAGCAGGCCACCAUCGCUGUCACCCAAGCCCACCCAUCCAGCGAGUACUCCUAACAGCCCAGGCCCGGACUGACCACAGGCAGCUGCCUGAAUUCAGUAUCGAGGGAUGGAGCCUGGCAAGGAGUGGGGCCUAGCAAGGGGUGGGACCCGAUAUAGGCGGAGAUUGGCUGGAGCACCUCCAACUGUGAACAUUCCUUUUUAUUUGACUCAUGGCUCUACCGAUUCUUUCCCGUAAUUCAUGCGAAGUUCCUGUGUUCUUAACUAACUUGUGAUCCUGCUGUUAGUUCAGGUAUAUACUGCUACUGGUGAUGAGAAUUUAAAGGCCACAACAAUCAAGUUUUGUGAAUCUUUUUCUUUUAUUGUAUAGCUGUGAAAACAAAUAUAUCAUUUUAAAAUCUAUUUGUUCCAAUCCUGGUUUACUUUCCACAUUAAAUUCCACUUAAAUUGGCUUUUAUGUUGUUUUUUGUUUUGAGACAGCUCAGGCUGUAUUGUUAAUUUGUUUCAUCCAUUAGCAGUUUACUGCAAAAUCUUAUUGAAAAAAUAAAAGUUACUAAGGGGUGGCUCAGUGCAUAACACUGUUACCUCACACAUACAUGGUUGCUGCUUCAAACUCCAGCCUCGCUCUGUGGAUGAGAGUUUGCAUGCUCUCACCUAGCUGGUGGGUUUCCUGUCACAGUCCAAAGACAUGCAGUCAGGUAAAUUGGCAUCUCUAAAUUGCCAUUAUUUUGUUAGCAUACGUGUUCAGCCUGAGAUGGACUGGUAUCCCAUCCAGGAUGUGCCCUGUGCUGCCUAGAAUUUUUUUGAUUCAUUGCCUUGGUAACAUUUUAACUGAUCUGUUCUAUUAUUUCAAAUCUAUAAUUUAUUUUGCUAUCCACGGUGCCUCAGGUGAUGUAAUUAAAGCUGUUAUGUUCAGGAUGAGCAGAAAACACAUUAAAAAUGUUUGUGAAAAUAA